AGAUUUUAAAAUGUCAUAGUUGGCGAGACUGAAAACUGAAAUUGUCGAGAAAAUCGCGAAUUUUCAAAUCUUCCGUCAUGACCGCUAGCGCCGAAGAUAAGAUUUUUCGCAUAAACAAUCAUUUAUGCCAUUUUUCGAAUAACGGAGUAUAUUUGGCGGUUGCAUUUCAAACGAAUCUGCUUAUAAAGAGUGCAAAAACUCUCGAAACCUGUCAAUCUUUUAUAUUCACGGAUGUGAUACAGUAUAUGGAAUGGUCUUUAAAUAGCGAAUAUAUUUUAUGUGCGAAUAUAAAGAAGGCUAUCGUACAAGUAUAUUCGGUGCAUUAUCCGCAAUGGAAAUGUAAGCUCACCGAAGGCAGUGCGGGUUUACAGAGUGUUGCUUGGUCCCCAGACAGUAAAUGCAUUUUUACAAUAGCAGAUUUCAAUAUUCAAAUAUCUAUUUGGAACUUGGAAGAUCAGACUUUAUCACACAUACAAAAUCUAAAGACCUCUGCUUUCGAUAAAUUACAUUUUAAUCCGGAUGGUAAGAAAUUGGCUGUGAUAGUUACAGAGGAAGGUCAGGAUAAUGUAGAGAUUUACAAAACUGAUAAUUGGAAGAUAAGUCAAAAACUCAUCUGCGAACGUUUACAUAGUAUCGAUGGGAUCCGUUGGUCGCCGAAUGAUGAGUUGUUAUGCAUAUGGUGUUCCUCUCCCGCCGAAUCGAAAUUGCUCAUUUAUUCCACCGUGUGGGAGAAACCCGUGGGUAUGUUUUUUCCAUUGGAGACAUACAAGGAGCUUAAAGGAAUUGAAAAUAUUGAAUGGACUCCCAGUGGACAAUUAUUAGCUGUGAUCGGAUUUAAUGAAACGAUCAUUCUUCUUAACUACAUCACAUGGAAACCAUUGUUGAAAUUAUAUCUGGAUCCUGUGAUCAGGGAAUGUAAUUACUUAACAAAAGUGUACAAGGAAUGCACUGAUUUGGAAAAAUCUUCUGAUAAACGCUUUGCUUCAUGUGAUGAAUAUGUUGUAUGUGAAAUACACGAAAGGCCAAUAUUUAUAGAAAUUGGGAAGAAAGAUGAUAAUGACAAUUUCUCAAUAGCAAAAGUAAAACUAUUUGAGUUUAGCACAUGUGGACAAUACUUGGCUCUGAAGCAUGAGCUUUAUCCUACCACAUUGUGGAUAUGGAAUAUCUGUACAGACUAUCUUGAUUACCUGUUACUCGAAAACCCCAUUACAGCUAUCAAAUGGAACCCUGUGCAUCCACAAUUGCUUGUGUUUUCCGAAUGUACACGUGUUUACGAAUGGACCCAAAAAGGUAUAAAAUCUGUGCCAAUAUCUAAAAAUAUGACAAUUGUGGAUGCAUAUUGGCAUCCCACAGGAGAAAAAGUUGCAUUAUGUGGUUAUAACAAAGCGAUGAUUUACGAAAUUGCAUGUUAAUGCAUAAUAAUUUUUUUAACUAUAAAUCUACGCGGUUUUUUUAUAUUGUGCUAUACAAUUUUCUGAUGUUUUCAUAGGAAAAAAAGUUUUAAAAGUAAUACAAUAUUACACAUACUUUAUCGAUCAUUUUAUGAUUGAAGUUGAUGAACACUAAAGAUUUAUAAAGAAUAUGUAUUAGGAGUCAUUACAGUAUAUGUAGAUUGAUCUUUAAAGAUAUAAGAGAUAGAUAGAAGCAGUUUUCUCUACUCAGGAGUGUAGUUAUAAAGUACGAUUUAUCUUAGUCAUUCAUUGGUCUAAUAAUUUUUGCUGAAAACAACUAACAAAAAUAUUUUUAAUGAUUAUAUAUUUUUCGUGAUUAUCACAUUUUUAUUAAAAAAUAACGAAUAAAAAAUAUCAAUCUGAAUUUGCUAUUUCAAUUCAAGUAAAAAUGCAUUUUUUAAAUCCAUCAAGUUUGGAACAUUUUAUGUAUUCCUUAACUUUAUUUAUAUAAUAAUUUAUAUAAAAUUCUUAUCGCAUUUAUAAAAUAACAAUAUGAAGAAAUUUACAUUUUCAAUUUUCGCAAAAAAGAGAAAGCAUUGGUAGAUUAUUAUUUUGUUGAAUAACUGCAACUUGCAAUUUUAGUCAUCGAGAUUUUUUAUAAAAAAUGAAAAAAAUUACAUUUCGAAAGAUUUAUUCUAUAAAUUUUGACACAAGAUACAUGUAGGGCGCAUAGUGCACUGAAAAUGGCAUGAUCACAUUACUGUCGGAGAAAGCGAGUCUUCGCGAUGGUUGACGCGCGAGCAUCUAUUCGUGAUACAUUACACGAAGAGGAUCAAAAGAUCCUAAACGAGUAUGAUUAUGUGGUUUAUGCACUAACAUACACGUUCCCCACCCACGGACGGAGAAAACAUAUUUUUCUGCGGCUCUUCUCUCUCGCGAUGCGUCUACCGCCGGCUUAUCUCGCCUUUUAUCACCGAGAAAGACCGUUGCAUGGGAACACCUAUUUUCUCUACGAUGGCGACAAUGAAUGUAGGAAAGAUUGCACGCGAGAAGGCAUUCAUUUAGCAUCGUUAUAAACGGCCAUGAAAUACCGUUGAUACAUUAGCUAGCGAAAAAAAAUUAUGUAUUUGAUAUAACAAAUUUAUAUUUAAGUUAUUUAAAUAUAGGUAAUUUUUCGCAUUCACGAGAAAUGAUUGGGAGGAAGAUUUUAUUGUACGUAUUAUAUAUAUAUUUGUAAUUAAAAUUGUAUGUAAAAGUAAUUGGAAAAUGACUGUAUAAUGUUGCAAUUUCAAAGUGUGCAUGUGUAUAUAUGUGUGAUCUAGCACGGUAACGAUCUAGUUAUAGAAAUAAUGUUUUUGUUUGAAAAUAUUAAGUGAAAGCUUGUAAAUCCGAGAAAGAUGCAAGAAGUUUAUCGAACCAACCGUACUUGUAUUGCAAAUUUUUUUCUGAGAGUAAAAUUUGCGCGCAAUAUCGUUUUUAAAUUUGCAUGCAAAAUGUUAGUCCUAAAAUGUUUUGUGUCAUUGAUAAUUGUUACGUGUACAUAAUUGGCGGGAGUAUAAGUGGCAAGAUUGUAAUUAAAUUUGUCGCUUUUCCAUGCGCCUAAUUAUACAAUCGUCCCCGUUAAAAUGGAAUAAUUAGCCGAAUGUAGUGGAUUUCGAAGCAAAUAUAAUCGAAUCGGAAAAAAAUUAAUCCGUAGAGCUAAACUAUUCCACACACAUCACGCAAUCAAUGCGUGCAUUUAAAUUCAUUACAAUAUAGUGCUAGAAUCUCCCUCCGGUCUUUCAAUCAUACCGCGGCCACACCCUUCGAAUAUAUAUCUGUUGUAUAUCUAUCUACAUAACACACAUGAUUUUUUUAUGCGGGUUACCAUAUGCGAUGAACAAGCGACGAUUUACUAUCUGCGGCCUCAUAUCUACUCAGGGGGACGUACAUUUCCUACUUUCUCCGCCAUCCGUUCGUCACACGCUCGUACGAGUAUUUACCAAUCUACUUACAAAUGUCGCGCAUUAGCUUCUCUGUUUUCUUCAAUAAUGAACGCUCAUUUACGAGGAAGAUUUAUCCGCGAAAACACAAUGCCAUUUAUAUGCUUUUAUAUAUUUUCUCUUAAGAAUAUAUCUAAUACUUUAAUGCAGUUAAGAGAUAUUGUUAAAUAAAUUCUAAUAAUUUAAAAUUUAUUCAUUAAAGCUAUUCUAUGUCGCGAGCGAUUAUUUGUCUACAAUAUUUUUUUUCAAAAUAUGUGAAUAUUUGUUAUUUUGUACUAAGAAAUAUUCACAUUUGUAAAAACGUUGCUCACCGCAAUUAAGUAUUAUUAUGAACGAAGGUGCUUUCUCGAAGCUACUCCCGCCAACUCUCUGUUCACUGCCACAUAGACAUAUGAUCAUCUACCAUAUAUUACCGUUGUAAUAUAAACUUCUUUGCCUUCUCGGGCUGUCACUUGCUGCGAAUUGCAGGGGAUCCGAUAACGUCACUUCUAUACAUCGCACGUGAUCGUUGUUGUGUCCCUCUUCUAAAAGCGCUCGUUCCAACAGCGAUUGUGCCAAACAAUUAUUUAUAAAAAAAUUUAUAUUACAUGCGCACCGAUUAUGAUUUUCGAAUAAAUAUCAAAUAAAGAAAAUGUAAAUAAACGUAGAAAUAAGAAAUUUAAA